GUGCGUGACCUGGUUACUGUGGUGAUACCACUUCGUGAGGUGGUACUGGUAGAGAAGGUGGACAAUGCAGCCAGUGGUGAACUAGGAACUGAUGCCUUGGUGGUCACUACUAAGGGGAAGAACAACUUCAUAUUCUCUCAGCUUCCUGUACGAGAGUUUAUUCUGCAGAAGCUUUCGGAUUUCUUGUCCAGAGUUGAGGAGCCCUCAGACAAGAGUCCUUCAAGACAGAACUCAGCCUGUGAUAGUGUCACCAGUUCUCCAGCUGAUGACAUCCAGUUCCAGCCAGCUUUGGUCAGCUUGUUUCACAGGAGGCAUUCAGAUGAAUUGUCUGCGAGAGAAACCGUCAAAGAACAUCUGUGGGAUGUUCAUUUCUCAGAAUACGGCAGGGGUGUAUGUAUGUACAGAACCCACAAGACCCAGGACCUUAUUUUACAAGGACUGCCAGAAAAGUUUAGAGGGGAGAUCUGGAUGCUGUUUUCUGGUGCCAUAAAUGAGAUGGCUACAAAUAAAGGUUAUUAUAGAAACAUGGUAGAACAAAGCCUUGGGAAGUACACUCUAGCUAAUGAUGAGAUAGAGAGAGAUCUUCACAGGUCACUGCCUGAACAUCCUGCCUUCCAGUCUGAUCUGGGGAUUAGUGCUCUGAGGCGAGUGUUAACUGCUUAUGCCUGGAGAAAUCCUACUAUAGGUUACUGCCAGGCCAUGAAUAUUGUGACCAGUGUACUACUGCUGUAUGUUAGUGAGGAGGAGGCUUUCUGGUUGUUGACGUCCAUUUGUGAGCGACUUUUACCCGACUAUUACAACACCAAAGUGGUCGGGGCAUUGAUCGACCAGCAUGUUUUUGAGGACCUGAUUAAUGAGAACCUCCCAGCCCUGCAUCAGAAGUUAGAGGUCCUGGGUCUCCUCAGUAUGAUCUCCUUGUCAUGGUUCCUCACAAUAUUCCUCAGUGUGAUGCCAUUUAACUGUGCAGUCUGCAUAAUGGAUUGUUUUUUCUAUGAUGGAGCCAAGGUUAUCUUUCAAGUGGCCUUGACAAUCCUGGACAAUAAGCAGGAGGAGCUACUGGAGGCCCGUGAGGAGGGGGAAGCGAUGACCAUACUGAGCUCCUACCUAGAGAACAUCACAAAUAAAGACUCCACAAUGCCCCACAUUGCUCACACUAGCUCCAUGUGUGGAAGUCUCUCAGAGAAGAAAGAGCCCAGUGUUGAUGUGGCUGUUUUGAUAGAUGAUAGCUACAGAAAGUAUGGACACAUAAGUAACCAAGAUAUAGACAAACUUAGACUGAAGUACCGUCUUCGAGUAGUGCAGCAUAUUGAGGACAGCACAAAGAAAAAUGUACUGAGAAGUGUUCAAACCCACACGUUGUUCAAAGGCAAAGAGCUAGAGGAUUUAUUUGUUCUGUUCAAGGAGGAGUAUUUGACCUCAUGUUACUGGAGGACUAGUCAACAACCAGCUGACAUGGGAGACAAAUUUGACCCCUCCCGACCUUACUAUGAGAUGUACAAGGUGGAUUUUGAGCAGUUCAAAACCAUGUACCUAUCUCUCUCUCCUUGGGCCUCAGGACAAAGAGCAGGCCACUUAGCUCUCAGGACAUUUAAGUUUCUGGAUGAUAAUAAAGACAACAUGAUAAACUUCAGGGAGUUUGUUUACGUGCUUGGUGUCAUAUGUAAAGGGGACAUAACUCAGAAGCUGAAGCUGCUCUAUCUCCUUCAUCAGUUACCUCCCCAUGAAUUGGAGAGCAUGCCUACUUCACCCCCAGUGUCUCCAGCUAGUACAAAGACAGAGAGUCCAGAGAAUGCCAUGGAGGCUACAGAUUUCUUUGACAGUGAUACCAGCUCAAUGGAUGCCCUACAAGAUGAAAUAACUCUACCUGGGGAUCCUAUUACAGAAGAAAAAGAUGAGGAAAAGAAGGAAGAAUUAGAAUCAGAAGCCAGUGCAGAAGACCAACCCCAGUCUGAGGCUGCUAGUCAGGAAAAGGACAGCAAUAAGACAGACACACAGGGAGCAGAGAGUGGUGGAUCCAAGAUUGUGGGGAGUGGGCCCUCAGGUGAUGAGGGAUUGGAUAUUAUACAGAAGUCUGUAGAGGGAGGCACAGCCCAGAAAGAAGCAGAGCUUCAAGAGAAUUUAAAGAAGGUAUAUGCAAAGAAAAAGGAACUUAACAGAAGUGACAGUAAAGCGGAGUUCAAGGAUGUACCCAGAAUGUCUCAGGCUCAGUUUAUCGACUUGUGGAGAACACUUUAUGACCUUUUUUCGGAUAAUGAUCAGGAACAACAACUUUAUCAUUCCAUUGCAUCUGUUGGGACGUUGUUAUUAGAAAUGGGAGAAGUUGGUAAAAGAUUCUACCUCCAGAAGUCAGUUUCAGAGAGCAGUACAGGAGAGACCAGCUCCACGGGACUAGAGGGUCUGACAGAGGAAGUAGAGAAGCUCAAAAUGGACCAAUCACAGAGCUUGUCUGAUGAGAGCAAGGAACCUGUAAAGGAGGAGACAUGUUCGACUCAAAUGGACAGCACAAAACCUGAAGAGGGAUCCUCACCAUACACCAGAAACUCAUAUUCUAAACCUGACUCUGAUUGGUCAAUUAGUUUUGAGCAGAUGGUUGCAUCUUUGCUAACAGAACAGCCAUUAGUCACCUUUUUUGAGAAACAAGUGGAUGUAUCUGAGGCUGUGUCAAAAAUGAGAAACCGUAGGCUCAUAACAAGACAAUCUAGUCACUUUCCAGAAAAGAAAAAAUAAUAUGUAUACACAAAAUUUUACAUGUAUACACAAAAUUUUAGGGUAGAGCAUUCUUACAUUGGGUCAGGUAAAUGUAGACAUUGCCUCAAUCUAUUUUACAUCAGGCAAUGUAAAUUUACCAGCCAUUAGUCACCUUUUUUGAGAAACAAGUGGAUGUAUCUGAGGCUGUGUCAAAAAUGAGAAACCGUAGGCUCAUAACAAGACAAUCUAGUCACUUUCCAGAAAAGAAAAAAUAAUAUGUAUACACAAAAUUUUACAUGUAUACACAAAAUUUUAGGGUAGAGCAUUCUUACAUUGGGGUCAGGUAAAUGUAGACAUUGCCUCAAUCUAUUUUACAUCAGGCAAUGUAAAUUUACCAGGUUAAUUAAAAAUAUUUAAAAUUAAGUAAUUUUAAUUAAUUAAUAAUUUUAGGGGUACUGAUCUGUGUUUUCCAUUGCAUGCAUGCAAUUUUACUGCUAUAUCGCCUUAAGAUGUACACUGAAUGUGCAAUAAACAUUUGUAUAUGUGGGCAUUUAAAAUGUCAUUGAAAUUUCAAAUGGCAAUAGAAACCACUGAUAGUUUAAAUAGAUGAUGGUGUUUAAUUAUCUUAUAUCAUGAUAUCAAAAUAUUAUUGAAUGAUGGUUAACAUGUGAAGCUUUAGGUUAUUGUUCCUUAUUUUUUGUUCCCAAUUAUUUUCAAAAAGUAGAACAUGUUUUAUUAAGGAGAUUUUGUGUUUGAUAGGAUAUUGAGUUUGGAUAUAUAUCUAAACUUUACUUUGACUUUAGUUAAGGAAGAGACAUAAAUGUGAUUAUGAAGAGUGCUUUACAAGUAAGAAUAAAACUUAAUAAGGUUUUAAUGAAUGUUUUUAUGAUACUUUCUACACCUUAAGUAAAAUACACAAAAAAUCGCCCUAAGCACAAUAGAGAAAACCAUGUCUAAAGAAACUCUUGUUCCUUAUUCAGAGGUUGCAGUAAUCUUUUGCAGGGGAAAACAAGUUAGCUUCAGCUUGAAAAUGUUUUGUGUUUUGUACCACUCAGAUGUUUGCUUCAAACUUGUGGGAUUUGUUUUUGGAAAUUGUAUAUAUAUUUGCUAGAUGAAUGAAACUACUUUGUUCUUCUUACAUAUUUUUUCACCAUUUGAUUUAUACUUUUAAAGUUUCAUUACUAGAUAAACAUUUUCAUGACUCAAUCAGACAUAACUGGCUCAACAAGAUGUAUACAUUUUUUUAGACUGCCUGUACAUAUAAAUGCACUCAUGGUUUUUCUUGAGAUUUUGCAGUAUACUUGCUCUCUUACAGUGUGACUGACAGUCACUGAAGUAUUUUAUGUGUCCAAGUAGACUUCAUUCUUCCACCAAAACAAAUGAGUUUAUUCUCUCCAUUUGUUGGUUGUCUUAAGCCUUUUGCUUCAUGCAAUUUUCAUUCAAUAUAAAAUACUUAUUUUCAAAAUAUUGAUAUUUGUCUAUAUGGCUAUUCUCAAUAUACCAUAUGGCAGUGGUUAAUGCAUUGUUUUGUCUGUGAAAAUUUUAUUAGAAUUAUCUGUACAUGGACAUGUAUCUAUGAAUGUUUUAAAUGUUUUGGGGAUGAAUAAUGUACAUGCACAUGCAAAAUUUAUAAGUGAUAAGUAAAAACCUAUUGUGCAAUAUUAGUGGGUGUAAAACAUCACAAAAUAAAUCAAAGUUUAUCGA